AUGGAGUGCUCAAUCUUGAAGAGAGUAUUUUCACUUGUUUCCCUACUCUUGUUGUUUGUUUUGCCAAAUUCUUCACUUGACAUUGCUUCUAAUUCCACUAAAGAAGCACUUGCUCUUCUCAAAUGGAAAGCUAACCUUCAAAACCAUAACCAUUCUCUUCUAACAUCGUGGACUCUUUCUUCAGUGAAUUUCACUACAAUAAGUCCAUGUACUUGGUUAGGAAUCUCCUGCAACCAUGUUGGAAGUAUCAGAAGUAUUAAUCUGACUAGUACAAGUUUAAGAGGUACACUUCAUGAACUUUCGUUCUCAUUUUUUCCCAAUCUUCAAUUCCUUGAUCUAGGCGUGAAUGAACUCUUUGGUACUAUCCCUCCUCAUAUUGGCCACCUAACACAUCUAGAAAUCCUUUAUCUUUAUUCAAAUGAAUUCUCUGGCUCUAUUCCUAUGGAGGUAGGUAACUUGAAGUCUCUUUCAAAUCUAGAGUUGAGUGGAAAUCAAUUGACAGGUUUUAUUCCUCAUUCCAUUGGUAAUUUGAGCAACUUAAAAGUAUUGCACCUCCACUUGAACAACUUUUCUGGCUCUAUUCCGAUGGAGAUAAGUAACUUGCAAUCUCUUUCAAAUCUAGCAUUGAGCAAAAAUCAAUUGACUGGUUCGAUUCCUCCUUCCAUUGGUAAUUUGACCAACUUAAAAUUCUUGUACCUCGGCGUGAACAACCUUUCUGGCUCUAUUCCUAUGGAGGUAGGUAACUUGAAGUCUCUUUCAGAUCUAGAGUUUGGCGUAAAUCAAUUGGUUGGUUCUAUUCCUCCUUCCAUUGGUAAUUUGAGUAACUUAAAAGUAUUGUACCUUGAGGAGAACAACCUUUCUGGCUUUAUGCCUAUGGAGGUAGGUAACUUGAAGUCUCUUUUAGAUCUAGCGUUGAGCAUAAAUCAAUUGAUUGGUCAGAUUCCUCCUUCCAUUGGUAAUUUGAGCAACUUAAAAGUAUUAUACCUCCACAGCAACAACCUUUUUGGCUCUAUUCCUAUGGAGGUAAGUAACUUGAAGUCUCUUUCAGAUCUAGAGUUUGGCGUAAAUCAAUUGGUUGGUUCUAUUCCUCAUUCCAUUGGUAAUUUAAGCAACUUAAAAGUAUUGUUCCUCCACAGCAACAACCUUUCUGGCUCUAUUCCUAUGGAGAUAGGUAACUUGAAGUCUCUUUCAGAUCUAUCGUUUGGCAAAAAUCAACUGGUUGGUUCUAUUCCUUAUUCCAUUGGUAAUUUGAACAAUUUAAAACGUCUUUACCUUCACCAUAAUAGCCUUUCUGGCAGUAUUCCUCAAUCCAUUGGUAAUUUGAACAAUUUAAAACGUCUUUUCCUUGACCAUAAUAGCCUUUCUGGUUGUAUUCCUUCUUCCAUAGUCAAUCUGAGCAAUUUAAUAGGUUUUCACCUUAACAAUAACUACUUUUCUGGUUUUAUUCCUACGAGACACGUAGCGAAAUGUACUAGUGCCUAUGAGAUUUGGAACAAUAUAGAGUUACACUUCCAAUCUUUCUCAAAGGCUCGGACAUUACACUUGAGGAACUUGUUACAGACCAUGAAAAAGGAGGGUUUAAGUAUCAAUGAAUAUGUUUUAACAAUGAAAGAACUAGGAGAUGAAUUGGUUGCAAGCGGAGUGUCAAUUGGAGAUGAAGAAUUGCUCUUAUACAUUAUGGAUGGUUUGGGACCUGAAUACGACGUUGUUAAUAGCAAUAAUGCCACUUUUCAAGAAGCUCAGUUUUUGCUUCACAACAUGAGAUGCCUUUGGAGAGACAUAAUGGUGCAUUAUUGA